GGGAAGGAGAGAGAGAGAGCCUAUUAUUCCUGACCUCGGACGAUGAACAGAGUAGUUGUAGCAAAAGGAGCCUGAGAAACUAUUUUGCAUUGGACCAUGUUGGAAGUGUCCGGGACACUGGGAAAGACCGUGAAUAUGUGGAUUUUACGCCAUCUGCUGGUUCUUCUUAUUCACCUGGUCCUCGGAAGCUUUGCGCAGCGAUUCUCCAAUGGCUAUUAUUAUCAGGACAUAGUUGGAAAUGGAAACAGCAACGGCAAUGGGGAGAUUUACUUACACAAGAUCCGUCUUCAUGUUGAAUCUCCGGAGACUCUGGUGUCCGCUGUUCAGGGCAGUAACGUGACUCUGCCGUGUCAUUACCGCUACGAGCCCGCGCUUAGUGCGCCCCGCAGGACGCGGGUCAAGUGGUUCUGGCAGCCCGUGAACGGUGAGGGUCAGGAGCAUGACGUCAUGGUUGCCAUCGGCACACGUCACAGGAGUUACGGAGACUUCAAAGGACGCGUGCGGCUCCGCCGUAGCGCUCCGGGCGACGCGUCUCUCGUCAUCAACCCGCUGCAGUCCGACGAUACCGGCCGCUACCGGUGCGAAAUUAUAGAUGGUCUGGAGGACGAGAGCGUCACCAUGCAACUGAAGUUUCGAGGUGUGGUGUUCCCCUAUUACUCCUCCAGGGGGCGCUAUCUGAUGAACUAUCACGAGGCUAAAGAAGCCUGUGAGAAGCAGGAUGCACACCUGGCCACCUUUGAACAGCUGUUUGCUGCUUGGGAAGAAGGGCUGGACUGGUGUAACGCUGGAUGGCUCACUGACGGGACGGCUCAGUAUCCUGUCUCAGUGCCCCGAGAGGCCUGUGGAGGCACCAACAUGGCCGCUGGUGUACGGAGCUAUGGCAUUCGAGACAAAGAUCUGGACCGGUUUGAUGCCUUCUGCUUCACUUCAUCUAUAAGAGGUGAGGUCUACUUUCUGCAACAUCCCAUCAAACUAAAUUUCAGCGAGGCGGUGGAGGCCUGUCAGACUGACGGAGGUCAUAUUGCUAAAGUUGGCCAGUUAUACGCCGCCUGGAGGUUUGUGGGAUUGGAUCAGUGUGACGCGGGCUGGUUGGCUGAUGGUAGUGUACGUUACCCAAUCGUUCACCCCAGGAUGAACUGUGGUACAUCAGAACCAGGAGUGCGCAGUUUUGGCUUUCCUCCCAAACAUUUAAAACAUGGCGUGUAUUGCUACAAAGUCCACUGGUAAACUCUGUAAUACAUGUAAUAUGUAUAAACACUUCUGUGAAAUGGGACAGUUUAGUACUUUUUCUACACUACUGAUAUUCGAAUCAUAAUAUUGUGUUUGUUACUGUGUGUGUCUUUAUUUGAUAUAGAUGUGUAUACAUAGAUGCCUCAUUAGCGUCUUUUUAAUGGAAUGCUACAUUAAACCAUAUGCCAAUGGUCAAAGUCAGUCGGUAAACACUUUAUAACACUUAAUAAACAAUGUACAAGACUUCAACAGAUGAUUUUAAUAAACUAUUAUUAGCAUACUAGAAAAUGAUACCAUAUUGUGUUACAUAUUUAAAGAACACUGUGGAAUUUAUAGGGAUAGUUCUCCCAGAAGUGAACAUUUGCUCAUAAUUUCUUCACACUCAAGUUGUUCUAAACUUUUAGUAAUAUGUUUAAUCUGUUGAACACAAAGCAACAUAGACUCAUUCUGAAAACGUAGCAAUACUGUAUAUACAUUUCUGAAGAUCAGGAAUUAUAUCGCCAGAGGUACGUAUAGCUGCAUUUCGUCUUUAAAAAUGAACACUACUGGGCUGUAUGACUCCUUUUUCGAGUUUACUAGCUGACCACCUAGCUUCGUAUUGACGGCUUUCCCCGCUAUUACCAGUUUGUCCAGUUGCUCGGCACGUAUGUCAGCGGACUUGAAAUGCAGAGCGGAGAUAACCACGCUGACGAGGUUCGAGUUCAGCAAAGAAUGGCUCCAGAAAGCAGGUACGACGAAAACAGAAGCCAAAAAAUAAAAUAAGUAAAUAACAGGGCGAGAAUGUGGUAAAAUCUGAAAAUGUGGUAAAAAUCAGGCUAGGGCUUUUGUUUUCCUGGAUUGCUUUUGUCGGUUGGGUUUUGGGAAGUGAGUGGGCGGGUCAAUUGGUGCUUUUUAAAACACUAUUGGUUGGGUUUAGGGAAGGAGGAGGGUGGGUCAGUCGAUCUGUUUUUCAGUCGACAGCAGCCUCUGGUGGAUUUACGUGAGAACAGCAGGCACGAAUGGAACUCGCAAGAGAAAUUUGAAAUCUCAAAAACUGCACACAUCGGCCUCUGGUGGAUUUGCGAAAACAAAAACUGCCAAAAAAUGUAGCUCCUGGGACGUAUUUGGUGCUCUCCUGACUUGUAUAUACAGUAGGGGUACAUUUUCAGAAUGAGCCUGGGUUAAGACAAGAUUUUUUGAACAAUGUUGGAGAGUGUAAGCAAUGACAUCCAUAUAGUAGAAACAAAAAUACUAUGUAAGUCAAUGGCUACUGGUUUUCAACAUUCUUCAUAAUACUGUAUCUUCUUUUGUGUUUAGCAGAAGAAAGAAACUGGGUCAGCUAUCCCUUUAAAUGCAAUUUUUACAACAACAGGCUGCACAAUGUUGUGGCUUCUUUGAACACGCAUUGAUUUUUAUUGUGAGUAGCAGCAUGUUGACUGUUCUGAGAUGGCCAAUGUGUUGAUGUGUUUGAGCUAUCGAAUGUGGCAUCUAUCUAUAAAUACAUAUCUAUGUUUGCUUAAUAUGAUAUGUCCAGAAAUUCUUCUAGAAUGUUCUGUUGUUUGGCAAAAUGACAUUCCCAGUAUUGAUUUAUGCCCAAUCACAAUUCUACCAGUUAGCCCUUCCCCUUACCCCUACCCCUCGUUUUGCGCGUUUAGGUGAAGGGGUGGGGUGUUCCAAUUCUCUUUAGCUUGAAGGCGUAGGGCUAAGGGGAAGGGGUAGAUAGCCCUUCAAUCUGAGAUUUUUCAGGACCACACUCAAAACCAAGGGGUAAGAAAAUUUCCCAGAAUAAGGAGACGCACAAAUUAGUAUUUUUUUGUCAUUAAUACGUAUUUUUACAACAGACAAACAUAUAUUUUAAUAUACUCAUAACUGCAUUCGCAUUUUAUCGUCAUGCUUAAAAAAAUAAUGCAAAGAUAAAAAUUGAUAAAAUUAUAAAUAGCUAAAUUUCGCUAUCUAUAUUCCCUAAUUAGGGAAGGGGUAGGGGUACAAAAAUAGAAUUGGGAUUGGACCUUAAUUAUUUAAAAUAUUAAACAUGAAGGUUAAAACUCACUUUGGUUUCAUCCCUUAUGAAAAUGAAUAACGUUUUAUUAUAGUAACUGUGCAGUAACAAUGCUUUUGAUUAUUAUUUGUAUAAUGAGUUUUAUUACAAAUAUGGUUAAACUACGAUUAGAUUAAUAAUUUGUGGUUUAAUUGCAAAAGCCAUGCUUUUUGGUUUCUUUUGUAGUAAAACAAUGGUUGAUUUUCAUAAGGGGCUAUGAUGGUGAAUCGUGUUUUAGGACUAAAUUGUAAAUUUGGUGAUGGGUCCGUCUUUAAAAACAUUUAUGAUCCAUUUGCUUGAAUUAUGUAGCAUUUUAAUGGAUUAAAAUCAGUUAAUCAGUGACAUCUACUGGUAUCGCAUUUAUAUGCAUGACUUUUUACUAUUAUAUGAGACAUCGUCAUAAAAAAAAACUCAAUUUCCUGUUAAAUAAAUUCAAUAAAU